AUGCUCUCCUUUUCAACUCCCACCACUCUCUACCUGAGCCUCCUCCUCCUCUUUCCGUUGUACCUCUCCCCUGCUCUUUCUUGUCAGACUGGGACUCAGAGCCAGUGUAUGUCUGCUCCCUUUGUGCCUGGUUAUGACCUGGCAGGGGAGGGCUUUGAUGUUGUUACACUUAAGCGAAAAGGAGCUUAUGUGAUUGAUGUGAAGACCUACCUCACUCCAAGUAAAACCUGUACACUCUGCACCAACCCUCAUAAAGGCGGCCAACUGCAGAAACUACCAGUCUCUACUUUGGACUGGCGCACAUUCAGCCGCUGCAGUUUUCGUCUCGAGGACAGUGAACACACCUCCAUCAGUUCACUGGUCGCAGCAUACACCGACCAGAACAGCAACGACUGGAAGGUUGGACUGGAUAUUGAGAAGCUUGGCAACCUGGAGUUUGGAGGAACAAGAUCUAAAGCAUACAACUUUGCUGUAACCAAGAAGACAGAGGACCGCUACACCUUCAGCACACAUACAGUCACCUGUAAACAUUAUAGUUACCGUGUGUCCAACAGCCCUCGUCUCAGUGCUGAGUUCAGUAAAGAUUUGGCCAGACUCCCAGCUACCUACAGCUAUGCAACCCAAGCCCAGUACAGACACUUCAUAGACACAUACGGCACACAUUAUAUUCGCCAGGUUGAUCUUGGAGGGCAGUUCAGGCGAGUCACGUCUACACGUACCUGCUUGUCCAGUCUGAAUCAUCUUACUUCAUCCCAGGUACACACCUGCUUGUCAUGGGGUGUCAAGGUAGGCCUGGGGAAUGUUAAUCCGGGUCAUUCUGUUAACUCAUGCACCUCAGUCCUAAACAACCAUGGUGACUCUGUUAUGUACGCCUCUGGUCUUCACGGUCAUUAUUCAGAAGUGGUAGGAGGCAGAGGCUGGACUGGGGAGUUUUCACUCACCAGAAAUGACUCACUGGGCUACCAGAAUUGGCUAAAAACCCUCAUAGAUCAACCUGAUGUAGUUUGCUACUCUCUAAGACCACUGCAUGACCUGGUGCAAACGUCAGCACGGAAACAGGGACUAAAGGCUGCAAUAGAGCAGUACUUAAAAGACAACGCCAUCAGUCGAUCAAACACACAGUCGUACUGUAGCAGCAGUGGUCCCAACCUGGAUUCCAACUGUUGUCCUAAAGAGACUCAGAGAGGAACACUAAGGAUAACAAGGAUCCAAGCCUCUGGUCUGCAAGGAGAUUAUUGGGGCAAGACUGACGGGUGA